AUGAGACCAUCGCAGUGUGGACUGUUGGCAGCUCUGUCCCUCGAACGUCAUGAUGCUUCAGACACACCACCUUUCCACCAAGACGAUGCGGACAGACGAUUAUUCUUUAAUGUCACAACCCCUUCAAGCAUCUUCAUUUGUGGCUCACAGGGGUCAGGAAAGAGCCAUACGUUAUCUUGUUUGCUGGAGAACUGUUUGGCAGACUCGGAUGCGACAAUACUACCAAGGCCUCUUUCAGCAUUAUUGUUUCAUUACGACACCUUCAUAUCGGACGAUGGUGGAUCACCUUGCGAGGCAGCAUUCCUAGCGUCGUUGUCUGGGGUUCAGGUGAGAGUUGUGUGUGCUCCAACCAACAUACGCACGAUCCAGAGAACCUAUCAGCAUCUGAAUGUCAAUGUGGAACCACUCCAAAUCGACAGCUAUGACCUCAACACAAAACGCAUCCUAGAUCUUAUGGCCGUCAAACCAGAAGAAGGGAGUAUUCCUCUCUAUGUUCACACGGUCACUCGCAUACUGAGAGAAAUGCGCAUGUCUCAACAAGCGACUGGCGCACGAUUCGACUACCAGACAUUCAAAGCAGAGAUUUUGGCGGCAGAUCUUUCGCCAGCUCAACUUGCACCCCUUAGCCAGCGCCUUGCUAUGCUUGAGAGCUUUAUGCCACCUAUGGGAGACAUGAGAAAGGAGGAAAAACAACAAAGCCACAAAGGUACGAUCUGGACAAAUCAGCCUGGCUUACUAACAAUAGUCGAUCUCUCCUGCCCUUGCGUUUCGCCAGAGACUGCUUGCUCGCUAUUCAACAUAUGCCUAAGCUUGUUUCUCGAACAAAAGAUAGUCUGCGGCCGUGUCAUUGCUCUCGACGAGGCCCAUAAGUACAUGACCAGCUCUCCCGAAUCCUCCGUCCUCACCCAUUCCCUCCUAUCAACCGUGCGGCUUCAACGCCACCUCGGAGCACGCAUAUUCGUGUCUACGCAAGAACCAACCAUAGCACCGGCCUUUCUCGAUCUCUGCACGGUAACCAUCAUACACCGCUUUUCCUCGCCUGCCUGGCUGCAUGCCCUCGACGCCCACAUCGCACUCAUGCAGCAACAACCGCCCGAAUCGGACUCGGCUGCUCAGCGCGACGGCCAAAUCUUCAGGAAGAUUAUCAAACUCGAACCGGGACAGGCACUCGUGUUUGCGCCUAGCGCAAUGGCAGCGAUAGGUGAUGUGGAUGGUUCCGACCAGGAUGGCUCAAUGGGGUUUUACUUGCAGGUUAGGGUCAGAUCGAGACUCUCAGACGAUGGUGGAUGUAGCGUACUUGCUGGUUAA